UGCUUGUUGAACUCUAUUUCACCCUUAUCUCUUAUCUGUUAUUAGUCAAUUUAGUCUGUGUCCUUCAUUUUGAUGUUUCUAAUAGAGAAUUAUUGCAGUAGCUAUUUUGGAUUUUUCACUAUAAAUUAUCAUGAAUUAUUACUUAUCUAAAGCUAUAAUUCUAUCAUUCUAAGCUAAAGCAUUAUGAUACUGUCACCACCAUUGUUAUGCAAAUUUGGAGAGGUGAUUUUCACAAUGUUUUUAAACCCCUCACUAGUUUUCCCCCUCUGCAUAUCUCUGUCCUAGGUGCUGCAAGGUUUUUCAGAACAGGUAAAAGCAAAAUCUCUUGUAUCAGUGGUGAGGGAGCAGGGGCAGGGCAAAGCAUUGGCCUCUCCACCUCCCUCUCUGUUGCUCCUGGAGGUGCAGCCCUGCACCGCCCCUGGAGACAGGUGGGGCACAAUGCUGCAGGAGCAAGAGAGAACAUGAAGUUGUGUUGGCUAUUUCUGAUAUACCUGUUAUGGCUGAGGGGCCAUCAGUGUGCACCUAUAAAGGAGGAGGAAAUCAAUCCAUGGGAACACCUGAAAAUUUUAUCUGAAGUUGGUGAGAAAUAUGUAGACGAAGAGGUAAAGAAAGCUCUGGUAGGCGUUAAGCAGAUGAAAGUUAUGAUGGAAAGAAAUGAAGAUAAACACGUACAUCUGAUGAAAACCUUGAAGAAGAGCAGUGGAGAAAAGCAGGAAGCUCUGCGGCUUAUGGACGAAGUGAAAGAACAAUUAGAGGAAGAAGAAAGACAAUGUCAGGUGUCUCUGAGAAAUCUCUGGGAUGAAUGUAAAACUUGUUUAGAAAGUAACUGCAUGAGAUUUUAUACAACCUGCCAGCAUGGUUUGUCAACAUUUACAAGUAAGGUUGAAGAUUUUUUCAGGAAAAUGUCUCCGUUGACUUUUACUUUUCAUGAGGAUCAAGAUCUCCAGUUAAAUGAAAAGCCCGAGAAAGAAGACGCCCAGUUAGUACAAAUGGAAGAUUUAUUUAGCCAGCUGUUAUCGGAUGUGAGCACAAUAUUUGAUAAAAGCUUUGCUUUUUUCAAACAGAUGCAAAAAGAAUUUGAUCAAUCUUUUCAAAUAUAUUUCAUGUCUGAUCCGGACUUAACUGAGCCUUACUAUCUGCCUGCUUUCCCCGAGGAGCCUAUAAGAAACAGUGGUUUGCAGAAAGACUGGGGUAUGCCAGGCUUCCUUCAGGUAUUUUUUGACUUCAGCAAGACUCUGUUUGAAGGUAUCAGCGAGGUGAUUACUGAAGCAUUUGAUGAAUACACAGACAAUACAAGAGAUUUGCCAGAACAAGCCAAAGAUUCUGACAAAAGUGGCAUGUUUUCAAAGAUCAUACCAGGACACAAGAGAGCUCUGUGUAAAGAGCUCCGUCAGAAUUCAUCAGGAUGCCCACAGUUUCAUGAGAGAUGCCAGAAAUGUCAGGAUAACCUGAUGAGAGACUGUCCAAAUGUCCCUGAACUACACAUAAAGUUUGAUGAAGCCUUUAAGCUGGUUAAUAUCUCGGGUGAACAGUAUGAGCAGAUCCUCCAGGUGAUUCAGCGUCACACAGAAGACACUUCCUACUUGUUGAGCAAAAUGAAAGAAAGGUUCGGGUGGGUGUCAGAACUAUCCAACAUGACCAUCGGACCAGAAAACAUUUUCAAUAUAGUAAAGGUGUCACCAAGUGUCCAAGGAACAGAUUCUUCCAGUCUGAAUGAAACAGUGGUGCAUGUGAAUAUUCUGACUUCACCUACUUUCACAAUUAAGGUUCCUCAUGAUUUAGUUAUAGGGAGCUCUGAAUUCAUUGAAUUUGUAGCUGGGAAAGCUUUGCAACUUUACAAGCAGAAUUUUUAAGGACGACAAGAAGAUCUGUGGAAUAUCAUCCACUUCAAAUCCAGCAUCCUCUCCUUACAGUGAAGUACUCCAAAGUUCAGUGGACAGAGAACUGUUCUAUGAAUAGGGUUUUAAAAUGUUUGCUUACAAACAAUAUAUUGUUUAAUAAGUAUUGUGACAUCAAGUAUUCAAUAUUUACAGUAAUUUAAUUGCAUGGCAAAUUAAAAUCCAUGUCAAUUUGUAUUCCUUUUAAAUGAAAAAUUAUAUACAUGUAUGGUACAUUAUGUGAUUGUUGGUUAUCACUUAUGAUCCCAGUCUUACAAAGAUGUAAGCAUAUGCUCAGCUUCAACCAUGUAAGUUGUCCCCAUUGCCCUAAAUGCUAUUACUUGCAUGCUUAAAAUUAAGCACAUGCUUAAGACUUUGCAGGACUAGGGCCUAAAUCCCUUGUACACCCAGCUAAAAUUGAAUCAACCGAGUCUGAAUGUAUAUGUAACACAUUAAUACAUGUAUUCUGGCAUUCUGUUUCUUCUUCCAGUUGCUUUUACAUUUAUAAUGUACAUUAAAUGGCUUUUUCUAAAUUUGUGAUGCACAAAUUCUUCAGCUUUUUGCAUAGUUUACUUGUAGUUUGCCACUAAAGUAAUUUUUUAACAGGGCAAUAAAUAUUUUCAUUGGAAAAAAGCUUUUGUCCAUUUUACAUGUUUGCUUGAACGUCAUGUGUAAAAUAUAGUAAAAACUAAAAUCCUUAUGCUAUAAUACACUCAGUCCUAGGCAGAGCUCUGAGUGAUUUCAGUUUCAUUUUCUGUGCACACCAAGAUUGGUACAUAUCCCAAAGAACAUUUCCCCAUUCUCAGCUGUAUUUUUU